GUCUUUCCAAAAGUGGCCCGAGCUGUCCACCGAAGCACCCCACCCUGGACAACUCGAGUUGGUCGAGUUGUCCAGGGUAUACGGUCGGUUUAUCCAGGGUCGGGUGUCUGGUGGUCGGGCUGUCUAGGAUUCUUAUAGAAGAAGAACAACAAUAACACUUUUGUGCGGUUUUCGAAUGAAAUGGCGGACGGGAGGGGAUUCUACGAUAUACGUCUCUACAGUGCGUACAAUAUGUGGAUGGAACACAAGAAUAUAUUUGGACGUGGAUUGACACUAGUUCCAUCCAAGGAAAGUUUGAAUGAAACGUUUGCGUUACAUCUGCUUGAAAUUCACUCCAGUUGCAAACUGUGCAAUGUACCACCAUGCGCUACCGUCACCAGCGCCCUGUGCGCAGCGGAGGCGAUCCCUGGCAAAGGUCUGCCACCUAGGCCCAUCGAGUCUCCAGUUACUCCGCUCAAUCCACCAAGCAUACCGGCCAUAGCCAUAGGCCUACCUCCGUUGGCUUUGGCUCCAAUUAUUAAACGAAGUCAUCUCCAAAGCACACCAGCCCCCUCAUCAAGCAAGCCACAAGAGUCUUCCAAGAGCCCAAGUACAUCUUCAUUUCAGGACACGAAACCCAACACUCCUUGUCUUCCUAGCAGCCCAACCACAUGCUCUGGAGAGAAAGUCAACAAUCUGAACACCAUGGGGAAAUCCAAGAAGGGGAUAUAUGAAGAGCCACAGCCGGCAGAAAGAGUAGGCUGCCAGACCGACUGCUCACCUGGAAGAGGAGAAAACAUGCAAGGUGAUUACAGAGAGGACAGCGAAGCUGAAGAGAAAGCUGGAGAGCAGCCAGCAGAAAGAGUAGGCUGCCCGACCGACUGUUCACCUGGAAGAGGAGAAAACAUGCAAGGUGAUUACAGAGAGGACAGCGAAGCUGAAGAGCAGCAGACAAGUGAAAAACAUGAUAACAAGACCAUCUCCAUCAAAGAAGAGGAUUUAGAUGAUUACGAGACUCUCUUCUUCAAAGAAGAGGAUUUAGAUGGUUACUAUGGGGAAGGGGAUAAACCCAAAGAGAAACUUGCAGAUCUUCUACCACCUGGGGAUGUAGAAUAUGACACCACCUAUGCAAAAGAAGAUGGUCUUGAAGAUGAAUGGAUAGAAGAUGAUAAAUCUGAAGGACAUCAACUGGCAGAUGAAGACGGGCUACCUUACCAUGUGCUCAUAAAAGAAGAGUUGUCGGACGAUGACUAUCUUGAAAACGAUUAUCAAGGAGAUGGAGAAGGAGAUGAAACAAGGAAUGUGGACAUUACAGCACACUCUUCAUCCAAACAAGAUGGAAGCUCAAGCAAGGAGGACUGCAAUGAAAUUCCAAGAUUAUCCCCGCAGAUCACAAGAAAACGGAAGGAUGGUUCACCAUGUAAUGAGUCAGAAACAACCUUGACAGUGUCAGAAGCAACUGUCUGUUCAAGAUCUGAUAUGUCUCUUAGUAAAGGGUCAGUAAGCUCUACUAACAGACAAAAUCAGGAUGACCACCUCCAAGUACUGUGUGUUGCAGAGGUCGAUACCAUGGACCAAGAUUUACAUCAUGAGCAUGAACGGUUGAAUUCUGCAGGAGCAAUUGAUUGUGGUGAAGAGAUUCAAGAGUAUUCAAUGUGUAACACAGGAUUGACAAAUGAAAGCAGACCCCAGAAACAUAAAGGUACCGAUGCACAAGAAAAGCGGUUUGCAUGUCCUGAGUGUCAUAAAAGGUUUACCCGAAAUGAGGGUCUCAUGCGACAUAUGGAAGUCCAUAUACCUGUGAAACCCCACAAGUGUUCAUUGUGUGGUAAGAAAUUUUCAUCUGAGGGUAGGCUCUCGACCCAUGUCAGAGGCCACACGGCAGGUAGAUUUGAGUGUUCUUAUUGCAAUAAAGGAUUUAAAGACAGCGUUAGUCUUGCCCGACAUAUCAGAACUCAUACAGGAGAGAAGCCUUUCAAAUGUUCGGUUUGUGACAAAUCAUUUUCGGUGAAGGGCAAUCUUGGGCAGCAUUUGAAAAAUCACAGAGGAGAGAAACCAUUCACUUGUACCAUUUGUGACAAAAGAUUUUUACAUCAGAGUGGGCUUUCAAGACAUAUGUACAGAACCCACUCAGGAACUCGUAUAAAGCCUUUCCAGUGCUGUGUAUGUGACAAAAGUUUUUCACAGAAUAGUGAUCUGACAAGACAUAUGCAGACCCACACAAGAAAAAAAUUCCCAUGUUCUUAUUGUAACAAAAUAUUGUCAACGAGGAGCGAUUUUGAAAGUCAUGAAAGAACCCAUGUGGAAGAAGUGUUACUGCCGAAGGAAUUUUCAUCUGAGGGUAGGCUCUCGACCCAUGUCAGAGGCCACACAGCAGGUAGAUCUUUUGAGUGUCCUUAUUGCGAUAAAGGAUUUAAAGACAGUUGUAGUCUUACCCGACAUAUCAGAACUCAUACAGGAGAGAAGCCUUUCAAAUGUUCAGUUUGUGACAAAUUAUUUUCCGUGAAAGGCAAUCUUGUGCAGCAUUUGAAAACUCACGGAGGAGAUAAACCAUUCACUUGUGCCAUUUGUGACAAAAGUUUUUCACAGAAUAGUGAUCUGACAAGACAUAUGCAGACCCACACAAAAGGAGAACAAUUCCCAUGUUUCUAUUGUAACAAAAUUUUGUCAACGAGGAGCAAUUUUGAAAGUCAUGAAAGAACCCAUGUGGCAGAAGUGUCACCAUCAGGAUCGUAAAAAUAUAGGGGAUGCAAGCUUAGCAAGGGGAAAAUAAUGGAAGGUAUUUUUAGGGGAAUAGGCUAGUUAUAUGAGCAUGUAACAAGAGUACUUAUCUUAUGGAUCAAGGGCUAGUUGUACAAGCCCUGGCUGGGUUCUUGGAGGUUUAGCCCCUACUAGCUAUUAGCUAUUAGCUUCCUCAAGUUCCUUUUUUAUUGUAAUAUUAAGGGUAAAGACCGGUUCUGGUCAUGCAAUUGCAUUGUGAAAGACACGUUGUGGAGUCGAUUAGAAAAGGUUGAU